UGACGUCACUGGAGACGCGCUAGAUUGAUCUGUAUGGCUAUCCAGUCUCAUCAGUCGACAAGUUCUAUUCAGAUAAUUUCUACUUUUUGCAUGGUUUCCUAGCUAAAGUAAUUGUGAAUGGAUCGUUUUCUUUUCUGUUAGGCAUAGCCUGGCAGUCAGGGCUGUAACCGCGUAACUGUUCUUUCCUGCUGUCUCCCCUGAAGUGAGUUGUGAAAUCCUGUUUGUAAGGUUUUGAGGUACAGGUAAACAAAACAGGCUAUGGGGCGAUCUUCAAAGGAUAAGAGGGACAUUUACUACAGACUGGCCAAGGAGGAGGGCUGGCGUGCCCGCAGUGCUUUCAAAUUGUUGCAGCUAGAUGAGGAGUUCUGCCUGUUCAAGGGAGUUCAAAGGGCUGUUGAUCUGUGUGCUGCUCCUGGCAGCUGGAGUCAAGUGCUGAGCCGCAAGCUCAAAAGGGAUGAUGAGAAAGGGACUGAAGUGAAGAUUGUGGCAGUAGACUUGCAAGCCAUGGCACCCCUACCAGGUGUCACACAAAUCCAGGGUGACAUUACAAAGCUUUCUACUGCUCAUGAGAUUAUUCGGCACUUUGAGGGUCACCCUGCUGACUUAGUGGUCUGUGAUGGAGCCCCUGAUGUGACAGGCCUCCAUGAUGUCGAUGAAUACAUUCAAGCACAGCUGCUCUUGGCUGCACUAAAUAUCACUACACAUGUCCUGAAGACAGGUGGCACCUUUGUGGCCAAGAUUUUUCGAGGCAAAGAUAUUACUCUACUUUACUCGCAACUGAAAAUCUUCUUCCCUUCUGUGACAUGCGCUAAACCCCGCAGCAGCCGGAACUCCAGCAUCGAGGCAUUUGUUGUUUGCCAAGGAUAUUCCCCUCCUGAGGGAUAUGUUCCCAACAUGUCUAAUCCUCUACUGGACCACAGUUAUGAUGUAGAUUUUAAUCAGCUAGAGGGUCCAAACCGAGUGAUUGUUCCCUUCCUGGCUUGUGGAGACCUUAGUGCCUAUGACUCGGACAUGACAUAUCCCCUUCAGUUGGAUCCCAACAAGGAGUACCGGUACCUUCCUCCCACUCAGCCACCUAUCAGCCCUCCUUACCAGCAGGCUUGUCACCUUCGUAAAAACAACCUUCUUUCAAAAGAGGGCCUGACAUCCAGUUGUGCAGAUGAACCCAAGCCCUCCACAAAACCACCUACUAGUCUCGAGGUACCUGUGGAAGAAAUACCCAGCCACCAAAAGGAGGAUGUGGGAGAUGUCCAUUAAGUCACUGAGCAGAAAAUGUUUUUCUCUAGAUUUUUAAAAGAUAAAUAACAUGCAGCUGGUAUGUUAUUUUCAAUUUAAAAUAUAGAAUCCAGUUUGGAAUACUUUUUUUUCUCCUUUUUUAUAAUAUUUAAAUUUUUAACUAUUAUACACCUGGUUGGCUGUUAUUCAAAUUGAAAUCUUAAAGCAGUGGAUUAUUCUCAAUAUUUUAAAUGUAUUGGAUUUUAUUUUUUUUAAAUAAUAAAAAAAACGUUCAUCUAUUUUCA